AUGAAGACAAUUAGCUCAUCGCCAUGGACUCUUCCUCUGGUUUUCGUUGCCUGUAACUUGCUACUGCUGCAGAAUGCUUCUUCCCAACCUCCAGAUACGCUCCAAUGGUUAAACAUCGACUGCGGCAACGACGAGGGCUUGCCUCCCAUCGGCCGAGAUCUGCUCGUCUGGAGCCUCGACACGAACUACACCACUACAGGGACCAAAUCCCGCCUCUCGAUCCCAACGGGACGUCCGGAGACGGACACACUCCGAUUCUUCCCCGACGCGGCGGGGAAGAACUGUUACAGCAUUCCUCCGGUGAAGCAGAGCUUGAAGCACCUGAUCCGGGCCGGUUUUUACUACGGUAACUACGACGCCCUCGGGAAGCCCCCGACGUUCGAUCUCCACCUCGACGGCAGGAAAUGGACGACGGUGAAUACGUCGUCGUCGCAGGAAGGACUUGUGUAUCGUGAAGCUGUGUACGCUGUGGGCGAGGGGGCGGAUUCGAUCGAGCUGUGCUUGAUUCGGAGCAGAGACGGGGAGGUUCCUUUCGUAUCUUCGGUUGAGUUGGUGCCGCUGUGGGACGGUUUGUACACUGAGAUGGGGAACGAGAGCAGCUUUUCGCUCGUCACUCGAACCAACCUUGGAGGUCCUGAGCUCAGGACUGGCAUCGACGGCGAAUUGCACAAUAGGAUAUGGACACGUGGAGCUGACCUAUCAAACACCAGUGUUGUCACCACCAUGGCACCUCUCCAGACUCGGGUGGAAAACGAUCCUGCUAUCGACGCAUUAAUGAAAUCCAUUCAAUCCGACAAUGCACAAAAUACCAUAUUCCUGACCGUCGAUCUUCCGAAAGGUGAUUCGGGUCAGCAGACUGCGUACCUCGUAUUCUACUUCACGGAGUUGUUCGCCCGACCUAAACUCGAAGACACGAGGAUCAUGGACAUCUACAUCGACGGCAAGAUGAUGACGUCGGUGGAGGCCGAGCUCACCAAAUGCAAAGUGACAACGUUGUAUCCGAUUACUGUUUCGCCUGCUAAUAGCAUCAACAUCACACUUGCAAAAUCAAAUUCCUCGACCUUGCCGCCGAUGGUCAGUGCAAUGGAGGUGUUUACAAGGAUCGAUAGCUCCGCCGGCGGGGAUGGGACCAAAUCCACCAGCGACGGCGCGCAGAGGCGCCUCGUUGUAGCAUCCUAUGUGGUUUUCAUCCAUGUUGUAUCCAUUUUGUUCAUAUCUCUGGUUUAG